GUGCUUGUCUGUUCCCCUUCUUGAUUAAUUGCUUCAGAAAGUUGCAUUUGAAAUCAAUGUUUUCUAUGAGGAGACUUAUAUAAAUGAUAAACUCUUCCUAGUUACCUACUUCAUUUAUAUUUUUACACUUGAGGAUGUUUAUGUCACAGUCAGAGAGCAGUUUUAAAAAUUCUGUAAGUCUUACUUACCCUGCCUUUGAAAGAGAUGAAUAAAAUGUCUUUACUGAAUUCUAGGAUUUAGUAGGUAUCAGCAUAGCAYCUAUAGUAAAAAGGAUAAUUGUUGAAGACUGUUUUUGAUAAUUGUUCUGAUUUUCUUUUUGAUUAUUGGCUUUAUUUAGAUGGGUGAAUAACUAAUGCUGUGCUGAAUAGUAAAACUUUAUUUUGUGGAAGAGAAAUUGUUAUUCUUUAGUUUAAAUUUUCAUCCAUACCAAGAGUUCUCUGUUCUUAUCUGUAAACCAAAUUCAGCAAAAGAAGCAAAUGUCACAUAUUUUUCUUGAUGUUUUUCUAAUUACACAUGCUCUUUAAGUAACUGUAAUAAAGAAAUUAGCAAUGUUAAUUAAAAUUCUUGAAUUAUAAAUAUGAAAUUGAUAGCUUAGAUUAUGCCUCUUAAACUGAGACAGAGAGAAGUGUCUUGCUGCUAAAACAGAGUUUUAGCUGGUUGUAUUUCCUAGUUCCGUGUGGAAGAGUUGYAUGUCUAGUAGCUGUACACAAUCACACGCAGCGGUGUGUGGAGGACAUCGCUGCGAAGAGCUCACUCAAUGACUCCAGUGAUAGACAGUGUUUGAAUUAGGUGGUUGUAGUGAAGACUUGUUUGAAACCACUGGUGUCCUAAACUUGAAUUGCUUCGCUAUCUUCUCAAUACUUGGAAAUACAAGAAUGUCAGAAGGGGACAGUAUUGGUGAGUCUGUUCAUGGAAAGCCGUCUAUGGUCUAUAGAUUUUUCACAAGGCUUGGACAGAUCUACCAGUCCUGGUUAGAUAAAUCUACUCCAUAUACUGCAGUGAGAUGGAUUGUAACUUUGGGCCUGAGUUUUCUCUACAUGAUUAGAGUGUAUUUACUGCAGGGUUGGUACAUUGUGACAUAUGCUUUGGGAAUCUAUCUUCUAAAUCUCUUCAUAGCUUUCUUGUCACCAAAGGUAGACCCCUCUUUAAUGGAAGAUUCAGAUGAUGGCCCUUCCUUACCUACAAAGCAAAAUGAAGAAUUUCGUCCUUUCAUUAGAAGGCUCCCAGAGUUUAAAUUCUGGCACUCUGCCACUAAAGGCAUCCUGGUUGCUAUGACAUGUACAUUCUUCGAGGCUUUCAACGUUCCUGUGUUUUGGCCAAUCCUUGUGAUGUACUUCAUUAUGAUGUUUUGUAUCACUAUGAAGAGGCAAAUCAAGCAUAUGAUAAAAUACAGAUAUAUACCCUUCACACAUGGCAAGAGGAAAUACAAAGGGAAAGAAGAUGUGGGAAAGACCUUUGCUAGCUAGAAGGUGCAAUCAACCUGUUGACAAGUUCUUCUACAUAAAGGAAUGGUUUUGAGCCAUUGUAACAAUGCCUUUUUUCUUCAUAUAAAGUGAUUACGAGGGUGGUGACCAAGCAGUUGAAUUUUCAUUUUACGAGAAUCUUGCUAUUUUUAUCUGAGCUAUCAGUUUCUUGAAGAAACUGGCAUUCUAACCAAAUUGCAUUGAAUUUAGUAUCUUUUCUAAGAGUUGGAGGAACCUAUGCUAGUCCCAUGGAUUUGGGAUAAGGUAUUUAAGAUCCAUUGCAGCUGCCAUGACACUGGGGAAAUUUGGGUACUUUUACAUAGUUUUGUUUACUAUGGCCCUGAAGUGCUGUGCACAUAUGUGGAGGAAAAUAAGGUGGCACACGUGAUGCUGUUUUCUGCUUCAUGGAAAUGUGCUAUUUUCAUGCAAAAGUCCAGUUCACAUUAAUAGAUGCAGAAUUUAAGCUGGUUUGCUACAUGCAUGGUAUUAUUGAGUUAUAGCCAAACAUAUAAAUAGGAAUAAGAAAUGUGUUAAAUGGUGGAUUUGGCAGCAGGAAAAAUAUAUGAAUAACUUCUGAGGUGACUCAUUUGUGUAAGGUUUUAAUGCCAGUUUCACCCUGACAUUUCAUAGCAGAUGCUAGAAUUGGGCUCUUUUGAAGGGGACUCAAAAUUUGUCCAAUUUGUUCAAAAUUUGUCAAGAUUUCUUUUGAGGACCUGGAAUUAUAAAUAUAUAUUUAAUUUUUAUUAGUUGGAGAAUAUUUUGUAUCAUUUCUUUUAUGCGUAAAGAUUUCUUGGUUAAUUUAAGUUGACUUCAUGCAGCCCUUUCAGAUCAUAYCCAAAUUGACCAUAAUGGACAAACUUUCUGAUUUUAACACAGCUUUUCAUUUUCUAUGGGGAAAAAAAAUAGAGAUAAGUGACCUGCAUGUAAACUUUUUGAUGUGAUACAACUGCAAUUUUAUUAAGUGACUUUUUAAUUCCAAAAUUUAUUAAAAGAUAGUGUCCCCCUUUCUUGUCCUUUAUUAAUCCUUUUAUGCAAACAAUAAUCCAAUGGUGGUUAUAAAUGCAUUUCGUUUAUGGUUGUCCUUAGAACUUGUAACAUCUUUUCUUGGCUCUUUGGGGAGCAUUCAUGUAUAUUUGCAAAAGGUGGGAAAAGAGCAGCCCUUUGAAGAUUCUCGAUGGAGAGUAAUGGCAGCUUCGACAGACAAGUAAUAGGAAAAUGUAUUUAAGAGCUGUUUCAGUUGGCUUUGUCAAAUGAAGUUGCUAUGGAGUCCUGUGAUUCAACUUUCAGUAAUCCUGGAAAAAGUGAAAGGUUGUCUUAACACUGGCCUAUAUUUUGUGAGCAUUAUGGAAACUAGUAACGUAUGUGAAACGUUUAAAUUAUGGCAAUACAAUAGCUAGAAAGAACCAUAUAAAAGUACCACUCGGAUACUUGCAGUUUUUUGCCUCAAAGCUGAAUGCCUUGACUCUGGAGUUCCAGAAUAUAUGGGUGAUUUGGGGUGAAAAAUGGAAAUUGAUUUUUUUUUUACUUGAUAUGAAAAUUAUCUACUGGGAUGACCCUCAUGGAAAAAUGGGGUGUUAAGGCAGCCAUUGCAAAUUAGAAAAGCAUUUCUCCAGUUGCUGCUUUUUUUCUUCCUUCACUGUGAGUUUGUUAKGAAAGCCUUCUCA